GAGCUCGUUUUGUGUUGUAGCGGUUCCUCACGCGCCCAUCUCUAUAUAACAUUGCUUGGUAUUCUGUUCAAUUUUUCCACAAUGUCCGGCUCCGGCGCCAAUCCCUUCGUCCAGUUCCAGGAAUCAUUUACCCAGGACGGCAACGUCUACAAGUAUUUUGAUCUGCCCUCCAUCGACAGCAAAUAUGAUUCGCUGCCAUUUUCCAUUCGCGUUCUGCUGGAGUCUGCGGUGCGCAACUGCGACAAUUUCCAUGUGCUGGAGAAGGAUGUGCAGAGCAUCCUGGGAUGGACUCCAUCACUGAAGCAGGGAACCAGCGAUGUGGAGGUCUCCUUCAAGCCAGCUCGUGUUAUAUUGCAGGACUUCACUGGCGUACCCGCCGUUGUGGACUUUGCUGCCAUGCGGGAUGCUGUCCGCGAGCUGGGCGGCAAUCCUGAGAAAAUCAAUCCCAUCUGCCCUGCCGAUCUGGUCAUCGACCAUUCCGUUCAGGUUGAUUUCGUUCGCUCCUCGGACGCAUUGACAAAGAACGAGUCUCUGGAGUUUCAACGCAACAAGGAGCGAUUUACCUUCCUCAAAUGGGGAGCACGCGCUUUUGACAAUAUGCUAAUUGUGCCACCCGGUUCUGGUAUUGUGCACCAGGUUAACCUGGAGUACCUUGCCCGAGUGGUUUUCGAGAGCGACAAUUCAGCAGACGGAUCUAAGAUCCUUUACCCGGAUAGCGUCGUAGGCACUGACUCCCACACCACAAUGAUCAAUGGAUUGGGUGUUCUGGGCUGGGGUGUUGGCGGCAUUGAGGCGGAGGCCGUGAUGCUGGGCCAGUCAAUUUCCAUGUUGCUGCCAGAGGUGAUUGGCUAUAGGCUGGAGGGCAAACUGGGCCCGCUGGCCACAUCCACAGAUCUGGUGUUGACCAUCACCAAGCAUUUGCGUCAGCUGGGUGUCGUCGGCAAGUUUGUGGAGUUCUACGGCCCCGGAGUGGCGGAGCUCAGCAUCGCAGAUCGCGCCACAAUCAGCAACAUGUGCCCUGAAUAUGGAGCCACUGUGGGCUACUUCCCAAUCGAUGAAAACACCCUGAGUUACAUGCGCCAAACCAAUCGCUCCGAGAAGAAAAUCGAUAUUAUCCGGCAGUAUUUAAAGGCCACUCGACAACUUCGUGACUAUUCCCUUGAAGAUCAGGAUCCCCAAUACACGGAGUCUGUAACUCUGGAUUUAUCCACCGUGGUGACCUCGGUUUCGGGGCCCAAGCGACCGCACGAUCGGGUUUCAGUAUCCAGCAUGUGCGAAGACUUCAAGUCGUGCCUCAUAAGUCCUGUCGGUUUCAAGGGAUUCGCCAUACCGCAGAGUUCCUUGGCUGCCAGUGGGGAAUUCCAAUGGGACGACGGAAAGAGCUAUAAGAUAGGUCACGGAUCUGUUGUGAUUGCCGCCAUCACCUCCUGCACGAACACUUCGAAUCCCUCGGUGAUGUUGGGCGCUGGUCUGCUGGCCAAGAAUGCCGUGCAGAAGGGUUUAGGUAUUCUGCCUUAUAUCAAGACAUCAUUGUCACCAGGAUCAGGAGUGGUUACCUACUAUCUCAAGGAAUCCGGUGUUAUUCCCUACCUGGAAAAGCUGGGCUUCGACAUUGUUGGCUAUGGCUGUAUGACCUGCAUUGGCAACUCGGGUCCGCUCGAUGAGAACGUAGUGAACACCAUCGAGAAGAACGGGCUGGUUUGUUGCGGAGUACUGUCGGGAAACCGCAACUUCGAGGGUCGCAUCCAUCCCAAUACUAGGGCCAAUUAUCUGGCCAGUCCGCUCCUGGUGAUUGCCUACGCAAUUGCGGGUCGUGUGGAUAUUGAUUUCGACAUCGAACCGCUGGGCGUGGACUCCAACGGCAAGGAGGUGUUCCUUCGCGAUAUUUGGCCUACGCGUAGCGAGAUUCAGGAUGUGGAGCAAAAGCACGUUAUUCCCGCCAUGUUCCAGGAGGUGUAUAGUAAAAUUCAGCUGGGAUCCAGGGACUGGCAGACACUGGAGGUGUCUGAAAGCAAGUUGUAUCCCUGGAGUGGAAUAUCAACAUACAUUAAACGACCACCGUUCUUCGAGAGUAUGACCCGGACGCUGCCCAAACUUAAAGGUAUCGAGAAGGCUCGCUGUCUGCUGCUGCUGGGAGAUUCGGUGACCACCGAUCACAUCUCGCCAGCCGGCUCCAUUGCACGGAAGUCACCCGCAGCGCGCUAUUUGUCGGAAAGGGGUCUAACGCCGCGAGACUUCAAUUCGUAUGGCUCAAGACGGGGCAAUGACGCGGUGAUGGCGCGCGGAACCUUUGCCAACAUCCGUCUGGUCAACAAACUGGCCUCCAAAACCGGACCCAGCACCGUGCACGUGCCAAGUGGCGAGGAGAUGGACAUCUUCGAUGCGGCGGAACGGUAUGCGCGCGAAGGUACACCUUUGGUUCUGGUCGUGGGCAAGGACUACGGCAGUGGUAGCUCACGUGAUUGGGCUGCCAAGGGGCCAUUCCUGCUGGGCAUCAAGGCGGUGAUCGCUGAAUCGUACGAGCGCAUUCACCGUUCCAAUCUGGUGGGCAUGGGCAUCAUUCCGCUGCAAUUCUUGCCUGGCCAGAGCGCGGAAACUCUGAAACUGAGUGGCAGGGAGGUGUACAACAUUGUCCUGCCCGAGGGCGAAUUGAAGCCGGGCCAGAGGAUCCAGGUCGAUGCUGAUGGCAAUGUCUUUGAGACCACGUUGCGCUUCGACACUGAAGUGGACAUAACGUACUACAAGAACGGUGGCAUUUUGAACUAUAUGAUCCGCAAAAUGCUGGAUUAGUAAGAGCAUUCGUUAACUUUCAUAUUCCAUAUGCAUUUCUAGGCGACUUUUAAUUGUUAUUAUGUGAUGGGAAAUAAAAUUUGACUUUCAUCUUUUAGAUGAUGUUUAUUACAAAUUAGCUGUUUCCAUGAAAUGUUAAAACUUCUUAAAUUACGCGCUCUGAGUUUUAUCGAUAGCAAAAAUGCCGAUGGCCAAACCAGUCCCCGUAAAAUUUCCUAACGCCUGCUGGUGAAUCAUCGACAAUGCAGAAGUAAAAUCGAAUAGUCGCUGUUAGGUCGCUGUUAACUUAACAUAAUUCGCUGCUUCUUUUUUGUCCGUCCCGUGGACUUUUCUCCAGAGGAUUUUGAUUCCAAUUCGCAAAAGAAAAACACAAAUAAGCAACAGAUCGUGUGUUGGCCAACAACUAUACAGCCAGUGCUCGAUAAUCUUUUGGAAGAACCGCGGAAAAACGCAACAACGCAGCAGGAAAGUCGCGCCUCCGCCUCCCCACCAAAAAACAAAAAAAAAAAGAUCUCGGAUCGUAGAGGGUUUUAUUUUGGGCAACCACACUUGGACUGGUGGGUGCUCCGGUUCCGUCGACGUGUGGAUAGUGCCCAGUGGCGUCGCGUCGCUUUGGAUUAUGUCAUUUGUUUACGGGGAAUUGCCGCAGGCCCAGUAGCCAAUGUUGCAUCCGAAAGAGGCAGCGAAAACCUGUAAAAAUGUAGACUGUGUGCGUGUGUGUGUGGGCCAGUGCUAGUGUGUGUCCGUGUGUAGUGUUUGUCCGUGUGUGUGUUUAUGUGAGCGGAUAAUGGACGUUUAGUUUUUGGUAGAUUCCGUAAGAUAUAUAGUGAAA